CAGACGCCGCCGGCGCGUGACCCGCGAGAGGCGGGAACACGGCGUCUGCGGAGCGGCUUCUCCGUGUGAUCAGCGACCGCGGCGGAAGGACCUGAAAAACCAGUAGUGUGUAAUGUCCCAGCGAGGGAGUCUCCUCACGCUGCUGCUCCCUCCUCCCCCUUGUUCCUCCUGUCCACUCUCUGCUCCGCUUCGCGUUAACGCACACAGCGGCCCCCUUCGCUUGUUGUUUAAAACGGUUUUUGCGGGUUUGUGUCCGUGCCGCGUGUGGGAUUGUCACCUGGGACCUAUUUUCUCUCCCGGUGUGGCCCCGACGCUUCUGCUCCUGCUUCCACGUCCCCUCUCGCGCCCAGCACAGCUGCGAGCCGCCAGCGCCUCCACCUUCUGGACUAUGCCCCCACCCGCCAGCUGAGGGAGGGGGGCUCUGCGCUGCUCGCGCUCCCACCUGGACGAAAGGCUCAAAUCAGACAGGAGACGGUUCGGUUGUUGCUGAAGAUGCAAGCGUCAACUGUCUCACCUGUGACCAACCCUUCAAACACAAGCAUCACGAAGACCAAAGAACAAAUACUCAUCCAGAGUUCGGGGGCAAUGAUCGCUGUCAUCGUCUUGGGAAUCAUCAUUAUUCUUGCCAUUCUCCUGAUAAUCCUGAAGACGUACAACAGGUGGACACAUGAAUCCCGGGUCCUGGGAGCCAGAGCCAGCUCCAAACCUCGUCCCAAGACUUCACAAUCCACAGUUCACAGCAGCAUCCCGCUGAGCCCCGUGGACAUCCACUCUGUGUCGGGAAGCAUCUUCAGCUCAAACCCCAUCUCGGAGAACUCCUUGCCGCUGCACCAGGCGGAGCUGAGCAGCGUGGAGGGAAACCACAUGGGGCAGUUGAGCACCAUCAGUGAAUCCAGUGGAAUCGCCACGAGCGAUUCUACAUCAGCCGCAAACACAUAGCGACCAGACUGUGGUUUAGUCUCACGAAAUGCACCCAGCGGCGUCUCCUCUCUGUCCCACGACCAUAUAUAUUGUAUGCCGACUGAAUCCUGUGGAUACUCCCAACGGGACGUUGGGGUUGUCACCGCCAAUCUCCACCAGCUGAGCCUCACUGCCACCGUCCCUACGAUGACACCGAGAUGUACUUGUGGUGUGCAAAAAUAGACGCUGUGAGCAAAAUGGUAACUUAAACAGACACGAUGGACUGCAUGAAGGAUGUUGCAUGAUGGGAGGCUAGAGACUUUAUUGAGAAGAAUUGCUUUUUGGCUACUGUCAGUGUUCAGAGUAAUGACGGCUAAGGUUUCUCCCCAAUGGUCCACGCAGAUCAAUAGUAAAAUAAUGAAGUAAAUGUGGAUUAAACACAGUUAUGGCUUGACUAGAUUGCUCUUAGUGUGUACAUUUCUGUAUUAAAGUUGACCACAUAUGGUGAUGAGUAAAUGUAGGAUUAAUAUAAAGUCAGAGAAGACAAAAACAGGGAGAAAUACACCAUCUAAGUGUGUGAUGGAUACCAUUAUGUUUUUUUUAAAAUGUGUUGAUAUUACAGCAUUCAUUCUAAAUCUGCUUUACAUGGCAUUAUACUGUCUUUAUCUUCUGCUCACAGAUUAGAAAGAUUAGUUUUCAUUAAAGAAAUCUUUAAAUUGUUUUUUACUUGUAUAACAAAGAGACCAUAGAAAUAUUUUUAGAUAUAUGGGUGUCAGCUUAACAAUGUAAUGUAAAUCCUUUUUAGUUUGAAACAAAGGAUUUUGCACUUUAUUUCCAUUUCUCUCUGUAUUUGUAUUGUUUGUUGUUCUUUAAAUUAAAUAAGCUUAAAAUAAAUGAUAUUGCAAACUUU